CAGCCUGCCCCGGGCCCGCUUGAAUGGGGUAUAUACAAGAUGGCGGCGAACGCGAAUUCUUGUGGCGGCCUGUCGCUAUUCGACUGCCCAAGCUGGGCAGGAAAACCUCCUCCUGGCUUGCAUCUGGAUGUAGUCAAAGGAGACAAACUAAUUGAGAAACUGAUCAUUGAUGAGAAGAAAUAUUAUCUAUUUGGGAGAAACCCUGAUCUGUGCGAUUUUACCAUUGAUCACCAGUCCUGCUCUCGGGUCCAUGCUGCCUUGGUGUAUCACAAACAUCUUAAGAGGGUUUUCCUCAUAGACCUUAACAGCACACAUGGCACGUUCUUGGGUCAUAUCCGUUUGGAACCUCACAAACCCCAACAGAUUCCCAUUGACUCCACAGUUUCAUUUGGUGCCUCUACGCGGGCGUAUACUCUGCGAGAGAAGCCGCAGACACUGCCAUCUGCGGUUAAAGGAGAUGAAAAAAUGGGCGGUGAUGAUGAGGAGCUCAAGGGCUUACUGGGCUUGCCAGAGGAGGAGACCGAGCUUGAUAACCUGACCGAGUUUAACACAGCCCACAACAAGAGAAUCUCCACGCUCACCAUAGAGGAAGGGAACUUGGAUAUUCAGAGACCAAAGAGAAAACGGAAGAACUCCAGAGUGACGUUCAGCGACGAUGACGAGAUCAUUAAUCCAGAGGACGUGGACCCUUCAGUUGGGCGCUUCAGAAACAUGGUACAGACAGCAGUGGUCCCAGUUAAGAAGAAACGGAUGGAAAACCCAGGCUCGCUGAGCAUGGAUGAGUCUGUAACACGGCGCAUGCAGAACUUCCCCUACGGUGGAGGAUUGUAUGGUGGCCUGCCUCCCACUCACAAUGAGGCAGGUUCCCAAUCGCAUGGCAUUCAUGGGACAGCACUCAUUGGAGGCCUGCCAAUGCCCUACCCCAAUCUUGCCCCAGAGGUGGACUUGACUCCUGUUGUGCCAUCGACAGUUACCAUGAACCCUGCUCCCAACCCUGCCGUCUUUAACCCUGAAGCUGUGAAUGAACCGAAGAAGAAGAAAUAUGCAAAGGAGGCUUGGCCAGGCAAGAAGCCCACCCCUUCUCUACUGAUCUGAGAUGGGCUUUGUUUGGGGGUGGGAGCGAUGAACUUGAGAAACUGUUCCCGUGCAGUAUCGUCUUUUAAAGUUUGUGU